UUCAAUUUUGACCAAAACUAACCCCUUUAAACAUGGCGAAGAAGAGUAGGGUGUAGACCUCUCCUUCCUCGCCACUCUCUCACUCUUCUGCAGCAUCUUCAUUCUCGCAUUCUCAUCUACUACACUGUCAUUUCUCCGUUCUGGGUUAGCUUCAGAGAUUGAAUACUUCAAAUGGAUUCCUUAAGAGGUCAAGGAGGCAUUCAGAUGCUGCUCACUGCAGAACAGGAAGCCCAACGCGUUGUCACUGAUGCUAGAAACUUGAAGAUGGCAAGGUUGAAGCAAGCCAAAGAUGAAGCUGAGAGAGAUUUGGCACUCUACCGCUCAAAUUCGGAACAUGAGUUCCAAAAGAAAAUCUCUGAGGCAAGCGGUAGCUCUGGCUCGACUGUAAAGCGGCUGGAAGAGGACACUGACGUUAAGAUUAAAAACUUAAAGGAUUCCACAUCUUGGGUCUCAGCAGAGGCUGUCAACACGCUCAUCAAGUAUGUUGUAACAGUGAAAUAUUGAUGCAGAAAGUAAUCCGGUUGUGGUAGAAGGAGCAGCCAGCCCGAGUUUUGAGAAAGUUGAACUGCAGAAGGUGAAGAAAAAAUUACCUGCUAAGUAAUUGCUAUCUUCUUUUGGAGCAAUGCUCAAUGAUUACCAGAGGAUUGUUAAAUAAGUAUUUUGCAUCAUAUAUAAUUUUAUUCUAGAAGUCAUUUUUACAGCCUUUCUAAUGCCAAUAAAAAGUAUGUUUGAUU